AUGCCGAGAAAAAAGAAUUGGAGAAGAAAAGAAGCAAUGAAGAAAAGAGCAGCUCUGGGCAUCGUCCCACCUGCUUCGAGCAUUGUCCCACCAACUUUGGGCAUCGUCCCACCAACUUUGGGCAUCGUCCCACCAACUUUGGGCAUCGUCCCAUCAACCCUGGGCAUCGUCCCGCCAACUUUGGGCAUCGUCCCAACAGACUUGGGCAUCGACCCAACAGAUACGGGCAUUGUCCCACCAGACUUGGACAUUGAUCCAACAGAUAUGGGCAUCGUCCCAGCAACUUUGGGCAUUGUCCCACCUAUUUUGGGCACCGACCCACCAGAUAUGGGCAUAGUCCUUCCAAUCAAUGAAAUGAAUGACAUCCUUCGGGAACAAAGUAAUAGAACAAAUGAAGCAAGACAGAAUAAAACUGUGAUAGUAAACAUAACAAGGGAAUCAUUUGAGAAUGAAAUUAUCAAUUGUUACAAGACAACAGGUAAUAAAAUAAAUGCUCUAGUUUCAGUUCAAGGUAGUUUUAAUCAAGGUCACCCUCAGUUUCUAUACAACAGUGGACGGCAAUGUGUUGCAAACAGUUUAGUAUCUAUACUCUAUAGUAAGAUAAAACUUGUGUUUUCAUGGGAUACGUUUGAUCUCGAUACCAUAUUGCGAACAGGAAAUGAAUUGUAUGGAUUUUUGCAACAAUCCUCAACAUGUAAUGAUGCAUACCUUUUAGUGACUGAAUUACCAGAAAUAAUAGAGUUAUUUGACUUAAGAUUUGCAUUGAAUAUUGCAGAAUCUUUAUCAGGUAUUAUAGGAAAAAGUGGUGAUUUUAAUGCCCCUCUCAUGGCAUUUAAUGUUGCACUUGAAAUAACCUUAAGAGAUCAUGAUGCUUGUAUUGUUAUUUUUGGAGGUGCAGCAUUUUCUGUAUUGAAGAAUGGUGACACAUACUGGAUUUUUGAUCCUCAUGCAAGGGAUUCCAAGGGAAUGGUGGAACCAGAUGGAAAGAGUGUACUAUUACAAUGCAGGAAUGUUGAGGUAGUGUAUGAGCAUUGUUGUAAUCUUGCAGUAUCCAUGCAUGUUAGCGCAAACACUCAGUUUGAAGUUACUGGUAUAAGUGCUAAUGUUGAGGAGUAUAUGGAAUGUCAGUCUGAAGAUGAAGUGUUAGUUGUUAGUACUGAUCAUAUUCCAUUGUUGUUUUCUCCUUUGAGUUUAGAACUGUGUGAAAGUUUGUGCUUUCAACUCGGUAUUAAAAAUAUUAGAAAGACAGAAGUUGUAUAUAGUGAUCAGUGUAAUGAAAUUGAGAAUGCUACUGAGUUUUAUGGUCAUUUAAGACCAGGUUACAAGUCGGUUAGUGAUUACUUAGUCAAGUCGAGAAUGGAGAAUUUGCGAAUAUGGGCAACAGAAGUUGAAAUAGUUGCAGCUGCUCAUCUUUUAAGAACAGAUAUUUACACAUUUAGUCAAGGAAGAUGGCUAAAAUAUUCAAGCACUCAAAUCGACAAGAACAUCAUCAAUAAUGAAAAAGGGAUAUACUUGAAUCACUGUAUGGAGAUCCACUAUGAAGUUGUUGAGUGUGUAAAGAUGCCAGGAGUAUUGACAUCUGUGUGUACACAUAAUACUAACUCGUCUACUAUUUCUGAAGUGGGUAGAAGUAAGAGAAGUUUACAAACUGUUGGACAUCAUUUAUCAGACCAUAAUAUUGACCAGAAAAUAUCAAAUAAACAACAUAAAUGUGAAAAGAAAGUGUCAACAGAUACUUGUACAUCAUCAGUACAUGUAGGCCAAAUUUUAAAACGAAAAGGGAAGCGUGCAAAUGAUAGGCUGCGAAGAAUUCUUUAUCAUCUUAAAAAAAAAACUAAGCAAUGUGAAGAACCAGCUGAUGACCACAGCAGCAUAGCAAAAAAGUGGAAAUUAAAAAAAGAAGUAGAACGAUAUCACACUGAUGAUCAAUUUCAAGAGAAGAAGAAACUUUCAAUAAUUACUAGGUACAGAAAAAAUAAUGCUUAUAAAGCAGAAUUGAAGGAACAAAGUAUUCAAAAGUAUGCACAAAAUGAAAGUCACAGACUAAUUGUAAAGGAACAAAGUAUAAAAAAGUAUGCACAAAAUGAAAGUCACCAAGCAGCAGUAAAGAAACGAGGUAUUCAAAAGUAUGCACAAAAUGAAAGUACCAGGGAGGAAACUAAAUUGAGAGUGCUUGCCACCAGGCAGUCCAAAGUGAAUUCUAUGAAAAACAUAGAUAAAGUUACAAAUACCUUUAGGAAUGAGAUUGCGAAUGGCCCAAAGUAUGUCUGUUCAGUUUGCCAUCGACGACUUUUCAGAGAUCAAGUUCUUUUUUGUAAACAAGAGAUGUACUUCAAUAAAGGAGGGAAUGUAUCAUCUAUUGCUGAAAAGUGUAUUACCAAAGAUUAUGUUCAUGAAUGCACCAACACGUGUGAUGAUAACUGUCUGUAUCUGAGACAAGAGCAUUGCAGAUUAUGGAUAUGUUUCACUUGUCAUCGAAAACUUCUAAAAGGGAAAAUGCCAGCGGAAGCUGUUGCCAAUAAUCUGUAUAUAAAGCCUAUUCCAGAGGAACUGAAGUGCCUGAAUUCCCUUGAACAACAUUUGAUUUGUUUGCACAUUCCAUUUAUGAAAAUGUUAGCUCUACCAAAGGGUGGUCAAAAUGGUGUCCAUGGGCCUGUUGUCUGCGUUCCUUCAAGUGUUGAGAAGGUAACAUCUAUUUUACCAAGAUUUGAGUCUGAUGAUCAAAUGAUCAGAGUUAAAUUAAAGAGGAAACUCACUUAUAAAGGACACUAUCAGUAUCAGUUUGUAAACGAUGUUCAUAUAAGGGAUGCUUUGCACUAUCUCAAGACAAACAACAAAUGGUAUAGUGAUAUUUGUUUCAAUGAAAAUUGGAGAAAUCCCCUAUUGGAAACUGUUGAAGACAAUGAGCCACAUCAUGAAAAUGAUGCCUCAAAUGUGAUUGGUUCAGUAAAUGAAGACGAUGAAAACAUUGAUACAGAGCAUGAAGAACAGGUUACACAACAGCAGGGAAUGUUUCUUGAUACAUGUCUUCAACCUGUUGAUAUAGCUCAGGAAGUUCUUGACCAUCAUUAUGACACCAUUCAAUGUGUGGCUCCUGCUGAGGGAAACAAUCCAGUGCAGAUGUUGAUGGAUGAAACCAAUGAAGCCAAAUCUUUUCCUGCUUUGUAUCCAACAGGCUCACCAACUUUUUAUGAUAAACGGGAUGAAAGAAUAACACUUGCUCGUUAUCUCCAUAUGCGACUAAUGAAUGCAGAUGGUAGAUUUGCAAAAAACACUGAUUUCAUAUUUUAUGCUCAGUAUCUAUCAGAGGUGCAACAAGUUGUAUCAAAUGUGUCUAUUGCUUUAAGAAAAGGGUCUGGUAAAGCAUGUGGUAAAAAAGUAACUUCUGCUACUCUCACAGAUGCACAGUCACUGAAAGAAAUCUUGAAUAAUGAUGAAGGUUUUAAAUUUCUCAAGCCAAUUCGAGGAACACCACCUUUUUGGCAAAGCACACAGAAAGACUUAUUUGCUAUGUUAAGGCAGCUGGGAAUACCUACAUGGUUUUGCAGUUUUAGUUCAGCUGAUAUGAGGUGGCCUGAAUUUAUAGAGGCUAUUCUAAGUGAGCAAGGUGACACACGCACAAUUGAAGAGCUUGAUUGGUCUGAAAAAUGUGCCAUAUUGAGAAACAACCCUGUGACAGCUGCUCGAAUGUUUGAUCAUAGAUUUCAUUGUUUUUUAAAACAUGUAAUUAUGUCACCUGCGGAACCUAUUGGAGAAAUUGUAGAUUACUUUUAUAGAGUUGAGUUUCAGCAACGUGGAUCCCCCCACACACACUGUCUCUUUUGGGUUAAAGAUGCACCAAGAGUGGAUGAUAAUGAGGACAUAGAAGUAACAGAAUUUGUUGACAAAUAUAUUACUUGUGGAAUUCCAUCUGAAGAAAGUGAUGAUGAACUCUUUGAGAUUGUAAACAGUGUUCAGAAACACAGUAUGCGACAUUCUAAAAGUUGUCGGAAGCAAGGUACUUCUUGUAGGUUUAAUUUUCCGCGACCCCCUUCUAAAGAAACAUUCAUUGCACGAGUUGAUAAUGCUGUGACUGAAACUACAGAUGUCAAUGUUAAUCUGUUAGAUGAAGUGAAUCCUGAGUAUAAUGAUAUUAAUGCAGAUUAUACAGAAAUGGACCAAAGUGACUCGAAACAAGUUCCAAAAUUACUUACUACAGAUGAAGCAAAAGCAAUUUUGACAAAAAUAUGGAAUGAACUAUCAAACCCGGAGAAGAGCUAUCUAACAGUUGAGUCCUUGUUUACUAAAAGAGAAAUGGGUUUGUUGUUGGGUCAUGCACAGAAAGAAGCUUCAAAGGAAGGAAAUACAGAUGCAAAACUGGCAAUGAAACAGCUAGGAGGUGUAUAUCUAACAAACAGAGAAGUUUGUGCUCAAGAGGCUGUAUAUAGAGUAUGCAAUUUGAGGUUAAAAGAAGGUUCAAGAAAAGUUCAGUUCAUUCCAACAGGGGACAAUCCCAUUAAAAUGAGCUUACCUCUUCGGGUACUUCAAAUGAAAAAUAAAGAUCGUAACCUGAAUAAAGAAGAUAUCUGGAUGACUAGCCUAUUAGAUCGUUAUAAGAGUAGACCAAAUGAAGAAAUAUUUGAUAAUCUAUGCCUUGCUAGUUUUGUUUCAGAGUAUAGAGUGGUCUCAACAUCAGAGAUCAUGGGGAAUACAAAGUCAAACAAUGCAUUUGUUAAACUUCAAAAUGGUCUUGGCUAUGUGCGAAAAAGAACUCGAACCGAUGCAGCAGUUGUCAGGUAUGCACGAUUUUCACCCUUCAAAUAUCCGGAGAAGUAUUAUCAAAGCAUUCUUCAACUUUUUCUGCCUCAUCGAACUGAUAGUCAGUUGAAACCAUGCAACUUUGAUUCAUUCGAAGAUUUUUAUCAAACUGGUGCUGUAAAGUAUGCAUGCAAAACAUUAGAAACUGUGAAAGCUAUUGUUGACAGAAACAGAGCACUUUUUGAAAAAGAAGUGGAUGAAAUAGAUGCAGCAGAGCAAAUUCUGGAAGCAUGUCCUCCUUUAGAAGAUGCCUGGGCGCAGAUUCAUUCCCAGUCUGAAAUGGAACGAUUGCAAUGUCAGGAAAUGGUGAAUAACAUUUCCUUAUCAGAUGAAGCAGAAAAUGAUGACUCAGUUCCAGAUUUGCUGGGAAAAGACAAGACUAAUUCAUGUGCAGAAGUGCAUCGUCAAUGUGGAAUGUCAAGAAAUGAUGCUAAAAUAUUGCUUAGAUCAUUAAAUGACAAGCAACAGGACAUAUUCUACACAGUACGACAAUGGUGUUUAAAUAAAACCACAGAUCAUAGUGUACAAGCAUUUUAUAUGUUCUUGUGUGGUGGUGCAGGUACUGGAAAGUCUCAUUUAAUCAAAGCUUUAUAUUAUGAAGCUUCUAGAAUUCUUUCCCGUGUAUUGCCAAAUCCUGACAACAUUUCUGUAUUGUUGACGGCACCAACAGGUGUUGCUGCUUUUAAUAUAGAUGCAACAACUAUACACAGUACUUUCUCAAUAGCAAUUGAUGCCAAACUACCAUACCAGCCACUGGGAGAAGAGAAAAUAAACACACUACGUACAAAGCUUGGUAGUUUGCAGAUUCUUAUUAUUGACGAGAUUUCAAUGGUGGAUAAGAAGCUUCUUGCUUAUAUUCAUGGGAGGCUGAGACAGAUUAAACAAAGUGGUGAUUAUUCUCCGUUUGGAGGUGUUUCUGUGGUGGCAGUGGGUGAUUUCUAUCAGUUGCCACCAGUGAAAGGAAAGGCACUGUAUUUUAACAAUGAAGGUGUUGACCUAUGGAAUGAUUAUUUUUCUAUUGCUGAAUUGAGUGAUAUUGUGAGACAAGAAGACUAUGCAUUUGCUGAAACACUCAAUGUUAUCAGAAGCAAAAAGAAAUCAGAUGACUUGGACACUAGUGCAGUGAACAUGCUUCGUCAAUGCGAAACUGGUGAAGAUGGUAAUGGUAUUCACAUAUUUGCAACCAAUAAAGAAGUUAAUGAAUGUAAUGUUAUGAAACUGCAAUCAUCCUGUACUGAUCCGAUAACCAUUAAGGCACAGGACUUCUGUAGAGAUCCUAAAACAAAGAAAUUAGUCAGGCAGAACAGCCAACAUAAGAAGAUAUACAAUACAAAUUUGGCAAAUACAGUAACUUUAGCUGUUGGUGCCCGUGUGAUGUUAACAAAAAACAUUGAUGUAUCUGAUGGUCUAGUAAAUGGUGUUUUUGGAACUGUUUCCUAUAUAUCUAUGAAGCCUGGUGAAGUAUUCCCUUCCACUAUAUACGUAGUUUUUGAUAAUGAAAAUGUUGGAACAAAACUGCGUAGUAAAACUGAUGUGUUAUCAUCAAUACCAGAGAACAGUUUGCCAAUAAUGCCCCAGGAAGACCGUGUGAACAGUAGUGGAAGUAUCAGACGACAAUUCCCAUUAAAACUUGCUUGGGCAUGUACAGUACAUAAAGUACAAGGCUUAACAGUAGAAGAAGCUGUAGUUUCAUUAGACAAAAUAUUUGCACCUGGACAAGCUUAUGUGGCCUUGAGUAGGGUAAAAUCCUUGAGUGGACUUGUUAUCAAAGACUUCAAGGAAUCUGCCAUUUAUUGCAAUGAGAAAAUAGAUGCUGCCUUAUCAAGUAUGCCCAAGUUUAUCACUUUGACUGAAAAUUUGGAGUACAUGGCAUUUUAUGUAAAGGACGGACAUUUUACAGUAGCAAUAAUCUAUAGACCUCGAUCUUACAGAGCAGACGUGUUCAGAAGAAACUUAUUGAGUUUGGUUGAAGAAUUGGAGAAACUACCUGGUGGAAGCAUUGUUCUUGGUGAUUUUAACGAGAAUGUACUUGUGUCUUCUUCUGUACAAAAGUUGAUGGAAGAAAGAGGAUUUAAACAAUGUGUUGCACAGCCAACAACAGACAGUGAUUUGGAGUACAUGGCAUUUUAUGUAAAGGACGGACAUUUUACAGUAGCAAUAAUCUAUAGACCUCAAUCUUACAGAGCAGACAUAUUCAGAAGAAACUUAUUGAGUUUGGUUGAAGAAUUGGAGAAACUACCUGGUGGAAGCAUUGUUCUUGGUGAUUUUAACGAGAAUGUGCUUGUGUGUUCUUCUGUACAAAAGUUGAUGGAGGAAAGAGGAUUUAAACAGUGUGUUGCACAGCCAACAACAGACAGUGGUACAUUGAUUGAUCAUGCUUAUGUCAGACAUACAAAUAUUAUAAAUGUUGAAGUUAUUCAGACAUAUUUUGGUUCUCACAAUGCAGUUUGUCUGAAGGUGUGA